GCCAUCGGGGGCUCCCAAUUCAAUUCAUGUGAGCGGCCAGAUGUUUCUUGGCAGCUGUCUGCAGUAUCGAUAAGUAAGGUAACUUAUUAAUACAUAAGUACGGGUCUGUAGUGUCCCGGGAUAUGUACAUACUGUAUCGGCACUGGGCACCUGCCGAGAAGAAGAAAAAGGCCCCACUUCAAAGCUAGCGCCAGCUCAUGGUUCAGGUUGCGCCUAACAGUUGAGAGUGCCAGCGAGCUCCUCUGCGUCACGUCACCCAAUUGAUCUGAUCUAUUUUGUCUCCCAAGUCCAAAUAUUCUUAUCACGGCCCAACCACUUUUGCUUUAAGGCGACCGAUGCAGUCCCCCUCUCCUUCUUCGCACAACUCACCUCAUAUUAUCCACCUCAUCGGACAUGCCUAGGCAAGAUGGACCAGGAACAAAUGACUCUCGAAGACUGGCUGGACGACCUCUGCGUCCGCUUUAUUCUAAACCUCCCGGCCGAAGAUCUGGGAUCCAUCCCACACAUAUGCUUUCAGAUUGAAGAGGCCCAUUGGUUCUACGAGGACUUCAUACGAGUCUUGGAUCCCGCCUUGCCUCACAUGAGCCUCAAGGACUUCUGCCUCCGCAUGUUCCAGCACUGUCCGCUGUUCGCCGCCUACUCCAUCGAGCACCACUUGCAGGCAUAUUCCGAAUUCAUGCAAUACAAGACCCGCAUACCCGUACGCGGAGCUAUCAUGUUGAAUCACGAAAUGGACCACUGUGUCCUGGUCCGAGGAUGGAAGAGCAAUGCCACAUGGAGUUUUCCUAGGGGGAAAAUCAACAAAGACGAAUCCGACCUCGAUUGCGCCGUGCGAGAAUGUUGGGAAGAGACAGGUUUCGACCUGCAGAAAGCCGGGCUGGUUCCCAAAGAAAAGGACGCCAAGUCGUUUGAUAUAACUAUGCGUGAUCAGCACUUGCGCAUGUUUGUCUUUCGCGACGUGCCCAUGGACACCGUCUUCGAACCCCAGACGAGAAAUGAGAUUGGCAAGGUCGCCUGGUACGCGCUUCGGGACUUGCCAGCUUUCCGGAAGAAGAAGGGCGGCAAACAGAACGAAGGACCUUCUGCCAACAACGCCAUACCCAACGCCAGCAAGUUCUACAAUGUGGCACCCUUCUUGGUCCCCCUUAAGAAAUGGGUACUCAGCCAGAAGAAGAAGGACAUUCCACCAGAGGUCUUUCAGGACGAUGUUUUCGUCAACAACGGAGAUAUGGAAGAUUUGGAGGCGGCAAUCCCGCAUCUCCAAGAGGCUGCCAGUCGUGCUCGUGCCGCUGAACAAGAAAUGCGUACCCUGCUCCAGGUCCAGGAACAUGCAGCGGCGCAACUGCCGAAUGGCAGCAACAGCCAAGGAGCGGCAUUACUUUCCAUGUUGAAGUCCAAGGAGCCUGAUGUACAACCAUUCCAGAACCAAUAUCCACAUACACCUAUGGACCAUAUCAACACCAACCCGCCGCAACCCCAGUCGCCUCGUUACAAUCACCAAGCAGCACGGCUGCCACACGGUGCUUUCGAGAACCCACCCCAGUUUCCAAUCGCGCCCAACCCGCACCAUAUGUAUAACGGCAGUCCUCAGCAGUACCAGGGGCGGCCACAGGUACAUAUGACCACGGAUGCGCGUGGCCAUCCAACAAAUGUCAUGGUUUCGCCCCGCCAGCACCAAACACAACCUCAACUACUUCAUCCGCAACCACAGCCGCCUCAAGUCCAGCAGGCCUUGUUGAUGCGCGGAAUGCUCGGCACGCCUGGCGCGCCAAUGCACCAACAACCACGGCAUGCAUCUGCCCCAGGCACUCAGCAUAUUGCAUAUCAACAACAACAACCACCAAAUUCCUUCACGGCAUCCGGUGCACCGGUCGCUUCUAGACAAGCAGCUCAGCCCAACGCCCAUUCGAUGGGUUUGCUCAAUAUGUUCAAGGACAAACACGCGCAGGAGAAUGCGUUGCAGCCUGCAACUCAGCCGAAACCUCUGCGUCCUACAGACCAACAUCGAAGUGGACUGCUGGGUAUGUUCAAGCAGGACGACGCACAGAUGCCAGCACAGGUACCCACACCAGCGUCUGCACCGGCGGCGGCGGCUGCGCGUCCCGACUUACAUCUGCCCUUCGGGGCUCUCUCAAUCGCUUCACGCCCCAAGCCUGCCCCGGAAACGUACGGUGUGAAAGGCAAUCGUGGCGUUUCUGCAGCCGAUUUGUCGAUUGCACGUGCUCCGGAGGCAUCUGCACUACCGCUUCCAAAUCAACUUCUCAAGCCAAGGCAAGACUCGUCAUCGGAGCAGAAAACCCAACUCUUAUCUCUCUUUGGUAAGAACAAGGGGAAGGAGCCAGCUUCCUCUCCCGUGUUCAUGGAGCGUCCGCGGUCACGGGUUGCAUCGAUAGCUUCAGCUUCAGCUACCAACAGCAGCCGCCGCGGUAGCCAAACGACUCCAACUUCGUUGACCCCUGCGGAUCAAAGCUUCUUGAUGAAUUACUUGAAGAACGCCUCUAAACCACAGCGUUGAAUGUAUCUAGUACUAUGAUUUCGAAAUUUAUGCAUGUAAAGCGAUUGUUUUUGUUUACUGGCAUCUCAGAUACUCUAUUGCAUCAUUCUGCGAAUACUCCUCCGACGCAUUCCGAGAUGCGUGAACAGGCAGCAGCUAUGUGAUCAUAUGACUGCUAGUCCUAGAAGUUGAGGGGGAGUGGCAUGAGAUGGAUAGGUGGCAGGUUCACAACCACAACAUAGUGCCUUCGAGAGGCGACAUCUUGAACAAUGCCAGCAGUGGUUUGGGCCUCGAUGCUUCUUCUGCGGCGGAAGCACUAACGCACAACCUAGCGCCACUCACAGUGUAUACAUUAUCAGGGAGCUGUGCGAAGUAGGGUUUCGAUUGCCUACAGGUGUUGACAUGGGCUAGCGUUCUAUCGCCGAAUAAGAGGAUAUGUGUAGCAUUAGAGUUAUGAGAUUACAGUACAUUAAUCACAGUUUUGAUUCGAUA